ACGAGCCACUAUAUUAGUUAAUUGUUUUCUAACCCGAAAAGUGAAAGAAACAAUUCCAUCCACUGCUACUAUAUAUUUAUACGCAUAACAACAACACUACUUUUACACGUUAGGCUUCGAUUUCAUUUUCAAACCUUUUUUUGCGGUAGCGAUUCAUACACACACUUUCAAAUGGCUGCUAGUGGCGACGAACACAGACUAAGUCUUGAUGAACCUCAGAAACAGAGCCUUCUCAAUCGCCAUACCGAGAAGCACUUCACCGCCGGGGAGAUCGUUCGUGACAUCAUCAUCGGAGUUUCCGACGGUCUCACUGUUCCAUUUGCCCUCGCUGCCGGUCUCUCUGGCGCCAAUGCUACUUCUUCUAUUGUCCUUACUGCCGGUAUCGCCGAAGUUGCCGCCGGUGCAAUCUCCAUGGGUCUCGGAGGUUAUUUGGCGGCAAAAGGUGAAGCGGAUCAUUAUAAUAGAGAAUUGAAAAGGGAACAAGAUGAAAUCAUCGCCGUACCGGAAACUGAAGCUGCAGAGGUGGGAGAAAUAUUAGCUGAAUACGGGAUAGAGGAACAUGAAUAUGAACCUGUUGUGAAUGCUCUGAGAAAGAAUCCUCAAGCAUGGCUUGAUUUCAUGAUGAAAUUUGAGCUGGGAUUAGAGAAGCCAGAUCCAAGAAGAGCAUUGUAUAGUGCAAUGACAAUUGCCAUUGCUUAUGUAUUGGGUGGAAUUGUUCCUCUCAUUCCUUACAUGUUCAUUCCAAAGGCAACAGAAGCUGUUCUGGUUUCAGUAAUUGUUACUUUGAUUGCUUUGUUUGUCUUUGGUUUUGUCAAAGGAUGCUUCACCGGCAACAAACCUGUCAGAAGUGCUUUGGAAACUACUCUUAUCGGCGCGGUUGCCUCUGCUGCUGCUUAUGGUUUGGCAAAAGCUUUCCAUCCAUAGUUGGUAGUGAAGGCUAUCUCAUUUUAGAGUUAUUGUUUCUUUCUUUUUGGCUAUUAGUUCUUUUGGUGGCAAUUUUUCAUGAACAACUUUUAACUUUUGGUUUGAGCUUUUAUGGUUGAUGAUAUCACUUUGCAUUUGAAUGGUCUCUUUUGAUAAAUAUAAUGAAGUAUUCGUUUAGGGUCAA